AUGUAUCUCGUUGACAGUUUCCUCCAUACAAGGACAGCAGCAGCUCGCAGAACAUUUAUACCCGCUGAUAUUGAAGAAGACAACGAAACCUUUUACUUCCCCAACCCACGACUCUGUACUAUGCGGCGCUAUGGAAUAAUAUAUACUCUCGUAUCUUCAUGCUUGACUUGUACAGCAUUUCGUAUCGACCCACCUCUCCCACUUACUGUCAUCGAAGGCAGCGCCGUUCCAUUCACUUGGAUUCGCGAUUCGACAGAUCCUGCCGAGUUCAGUUUUCUAGAAAUUCCGCUUGACCCGUCCCCGUUAGUACCAGUAUUAUUCCAAGUGAACAUGGAUCAGUCACAACAGGAAAGCGGCUCGAUUACCUUGACUUUCUUUCAACCGUCGCCGUAUAUGGUUGCAGCAGUCGACCAUGACAAGAACACGUUCUUUACAGCUCCCGGAGCGAUACUGGUUAAUCUUUCGGGCUCGAGACUCGAGACCCCUGCUCCCAGCACCGACGUGAACUCGGACACCGGUAUUCGUAAUCCGACCCCGGCGUACACAUCGAUUAUUCCUCCCACGAACUCCCCGACGGCUACCGUUACAGUCCUGACCCAGUCAGAUGAAUCACGACCUCACAAGUCGAACACCGGUGCUAUUGCCGGCGGCGUAGUGGGUGGCGUGCUGGUCCUGCUUCUGACCAUCACCUUUGCCUUUUGCGUCUUAAAGCGAAGGAGAAAAAAGCUGAAAGAUGAUUUCGAGGCAUAUGAACAGUCAGCCCAAGAGUCGAACUCAAGAAGUGGGGCCAUUCCCGAUGGUGUCGAUAAAUCAACUCAGGAAGACGUAGUACAAGUACUACUUCGUCGUCAGAUGGAAGUUUUAACAAAGAUAAUGGCGACUUUGGAGGCGGGACCGCCCGAUUACAGCUCCCGUGCGAGCUGA